AUGGGGAAUAUGUCAGUUACUGAGUACUACACCAAGUUUAUUGAGCUGUCACAAUUUGCUAAGGAGUUUGUCUCUACAGAAAAGUCUAAGGUCAGAAAGUUUGAGAGUGGUCUGACUACUGAUUUGCAAUUAAAGGUAUGUGGUCAAGUAUUUGAAACCUUGGAUGAAGUGUAUGGGAGAGCUGCACACCUAUAUGCCUUAGAAUUAAAGAAAAAGAAAGAGAUAGCUGAGAUAGAAGGGAAAGAAAAGAUUAAAGAGGUGGGACAUAAUUCUGGAAACCCGCAAGGCAACAAUCGCCAAGGUGGACAAAACUUUAAUGGUGGAGCUAGGAACUCUACCCAGGGAAAUAACAGGGGAGCAAGGCAUUUCUAUUGCAAGAGGUGUAAGAAAGACCACCCUGGAAAGGAUUGUGAUGGGAAUUUAGUUACUUGUCGUGCUUGCAACAAGUUAGGACACAUGGAGUAUGAAUGUUUCUCCAAGGACCCCAAUAGAAACAAGCAAGGAAAUAACCAAGGUGGGGCUCAAAGGAACUUUCAGGGAAGUAACAACCAUUCUGGGAACAAGGGAGCACAACAGAAUGCGGCGAUAACCAACAAUAAUAAUGGGAACAACCAACAGAAAGGUGGAGCUGCAGGAAAGUUGAAUGUUAUGAGUAGGCAUGAGGCUGAUUCCACGAAAAAUGUCAUCACUGGUGGGGUAGUGAAGUGUAACAAGACCUUUAGAGAUGUACCUUUAGAAAUCAAAGGAAAUGUGUUUUUGUCGGAUCUCAUUGAGUUUGGAUUGAGUGACUUCGAUGUCAUUUUGGGAAUGGAUUGGUUGAGCAGGUACAGUGCAGAGAUUAGUUGUAGACCACAGAAAGUAUAA